CGCGCUGUAGCCCGCUCCGCGUCCCCGCCGCCGGAGGAGGUGCCCGCACGCUCGCGGCGCGCGCCGGCCCCACACGCUCGGCCUGUGGGCGAUUUCCUCCGGACCCAGGCUCCCGGGCCGAGGAGGAAGAAGAUGCAGACCUUCCUGAAAGGGAAGAGAGUUGGCUACUGGCUGAGCGAGAAGAAAGUCAAGAAGCUCAAUUUCCAGGCCUUCGCAGAGCUGUGCAGGAAGCGCGGGAUAGAGGUCGUGCAGCUGAACCUCAGCCGGCCAAUUGAGGAGCAGGGCCCCCUGGACGUCAUCAUCCACAAGCUGACUGAUGUCAUCCUCGAGGCUGAUCAGAAUGACAGCCAGUCUCUGGAAUUGGUGCACAGAUUCCAAGAGUACAUUGAUGCUCACCCUGAGACCAUCGUCUUGGACCCCCUCCCUGCCAUCAGGACCCUGUUAGACCGCUCCAAGUCCUACGAACUUAUCCGCAAGAUUGAGGCCUACAUGAAAGAUGACAGGAUCUGUUCACCGCCCUUCAUGGAGCUCACGAGCCUGUGUGGGGACGACACCAUGAGGCUGCUGGAGCAGAACGGCCUGGCCUUCCCCUUCAUUUGCAAAACCAGAGUGGCUCAUGGCACCAACUCUCAUGAGAUGGCCAUUGUUUUCAACCAGGAGGGCCUGAAUGCCAUCCAACCCCCCUGUGUGGUCCAGAACUUCAUCAACCACAAUGCUGUGCUAUACAAGGUGUUUGUGGUGGGCGAGUCCUACAUGGUCCAGAGGCCCUCACUCAAGAACUUCUCUGCGGGCACGUCAGAUCGGGAGUCCAUCUUCUUCAACAGCCACAACGUGUCAAAGCCAGAGUCUUCAUCGGUCCUCACGGAGCUGGACAAGAUCGAGGGCGUGUUCGAACGGCCAAGUGAUGAGGUCAUCCGGGAACUGUCACGGGCUCUGCGGCAGGCGCUUGGAGUGUCACUUUUUGGAAUUGACAUCAUCAUUAAUAACCAGACUGGGCAGCAUGCUGUCAUUGAUGUCAAUGCUUUUCCAGGCUAUGAGGGUGUGAGUGAGUUCUUUACCGACCUUCUGAACCACAUUGCCACAGUCCUGCAAGGCCAGAGCACAGGCGGAGCUGCCACGGAGGAAGUGGCCCCGCUGAGGCACAGCAGGCUUCUGGCGGACCAGGCCGGUAGCCUGGCUGGUGAGCGGACGUGCAGUGCCAGCCCUGGCUGCUGCAGCAGCAUGAAGGGCCAGGACACCCCCUGGAAGACUGAGCCCGAAGCAGGCAACCUGGGUGCCGGCGGCUCUGCCAAGCUGCCGCAUCAGAGACUUGGCUGCACCACCGGUGUGUCCCCCAGCUUCCAGCAGCACUGUGUGGCCUCCCUGGCCACCAAGGCCUCCUCACAGUAGCCACAGAGCCCAGGACCCAGAGGGGCGGCGCAGAGCGUGGAACACACCCACUGGGCCAGCAGCUCCCAACGGGAAACACUACUAAGAAUUCCCGGUGAUCUGAUGCUUCUCUGUUUUAAUUUUUUACCUGAUUUUCUGAUGUUAUGAUCGGAAUGAUGGGGGGAGACGGAGCAGAACACCAGUGGUCCAGCCUUGAGGAUGCCGCCUAACUCCUGCUGUGCAGAUCUCCUCACUGAGUUUACACACGCUUGUGUUCUCAACACUAGGUCUGAAUGUGAAGUGGGGUGUGUGCAUGUUGUGUGUGUGGUUGUCAUGCAAGUGUAUGUAUGCAUGUCUGUCUGUCUUCGUGGCUGCUGUGGGGCCAGGCUUCUGGGCACCCCGGAAGGAGGCCCAUGUCUGGCCAGGCUAUUGCAGCUGAACAGGCAAAAGGACGAACGUUUUCCCUGUUGCUCCCCUCUCCACCUCUGCCCACACCCAGACCUCACUGUCCCUCUUUGCCCAGAUGUGGUCUCCUCCAAAGCUGGCAGUUGGGAGCUCUGUGCUGAGGCUCUGGGUUGUGGGAAAGGGAAAGAAGCUUCCUGUGGGUGGAGCCAAAGCCCCUUAGCUAUUGCCAGUCUUCACUGGCUCUGUGGAAUGCACCAGGCCACCAUCCUCUCCACCCUGUCUAUUGCUCACUGGGACCCAGGAGGGAGGUCGCCUGGCUAGGAGUCCAGGAGUCUGUCAGGACCCAGGAUGCGUGCUGGGACUUUGAACAAAUCAUUCCAUGAGUCUUCAGGGUGGCUCCUGAGACAGAGAACUGAAGAGCUGACCUAGUGUUCUAGCCCACGAGGAUGCCUGCUGCUCUGUGCCAUCAUCUGGGUCCCGCCUUUCAGGUGAGAGGAGGCUGCCGAUAGGGCUGCUCCUGUACACGCACACCAGCCCCUCCUGGUACAGCCAGGCCCAGCGCAGUGUUCAUGGCAAGUCCCUUGCACCGAGCACCAGGCAGGCCCCCAAGGGAGCUGUGCCUCACUCCAGACUCGCUCUGUCCCCACAGCAGCUGGCAGACUGCUCACUGGCCCCAAAGCCCACAGGAAAGGACACCUGUGGAACCCUGGGUGAGCAGCCCAGGACCCCCAAGGGUGAUCUUGUGUCUUAAGAUAUCCGCUCACUUUGCGAAGAGAACUAGGCCUUUGGAUUGUCCUUAGGUCCAAGAAGAUGGAGGACACUAAAGGAAGCACCCAGCAGCCCUAGGGAGGCUACUAAGUGGGACCACGGUGGGGCAUCCUUUGGGCAAGGAGGAGCUGGUUGGCUUUCUUGGAAACAGAACCCCAGGACUAACCACGUUUACAGGACCUGAGUGUUGAACCUGAUGAUGUCUGUAUGUCGCCUUCCCAGGCCUGCCCUGAAUUCGGGGGGUGGGAAGUGUGGCCGGCUCUCGCACUGCUUUGUCUCCAGAAUAAACUACUGAGAUCAAACUACA